GUUAGAAACCAUUGGCCUUGUCUUAAUUUCCUAAAACCCCGGGCACUGAAAUGCAAAUUCCAGAAAAACCAACAAACAAAAGUUGCAGGUUUUUGAUUUCCAGAAUUUUGGUUAUCAGAAAACUAGGUUCAUCAAUGGCAGGGACAUCCUCGUACAUGGCUUGUACCAAGUUCUCCAUGUUGGGUUGGGUAGGAGGCACAAGAGAGCUAAAUAAAAGAAGGGCCCUCUCUGUUUCAGCUCAAAAGCAAGCUGAAGUCCAAGAAGCACAGCAAGUGAAUACACAAGAGGAUGGAGAAAAACAGAAGGCGAAGCAACCGACACAGCCAAGGCCAGUGGAGCCACAAGUAAAUGUGAAGAGCAAGAACAUGACCAGAGAAUAUGGAGGGCAAUGGCUCAGCAGCGUCACACGCCAUGUCAGGAUUUAUGCAGCCUACAUCGACCCUGAAACUUGGGAAUUUGAUCAAACUCAACUGGAUAAGCUCACUCUUCUUCUUGAUCCGACAAAUGAGUUCGUGUGGACCGAUGAGACUUGUCAGAAGGUCUACUCUUACUUCCAAGAGCUUGUGGAUCACUAUGAGGGAGCAUCGUUGACGGAGUACACGCUUCGACUGAUAGGUUCAGACAUUGAGCAUUACAUCAGAAAGCUGUUAUAUGAUGGAGAAAUCAAAUAUAACAUGAAUGCAAAAGUAUUGAACUUCAGCAUGGGGAAGCCAAGGAUUGAGUUUAAUAAUGAUGGACAGAUUGAAGAUGCAUAAUAAGAUUCAAAUUGAGCAGCAGCUAGACAAUAUAUACACAGGUUUUUGGUUAUGAGUGUUGACAUGACCUGAUUUACAGUUAAUAUAAGCCUGUCACCCACAACAUUCAAAAAGUUGCAUCAAGCAAACACCUUCAGCCACCAAACUUAGCUCCACUGUGUUGACAUCUUUAACUGAUGCAAUAUUUGAAUGCACAAUCUUGUCUGCCAGAAUAUUCUUUCACAGGCUAGAUUCCACUCGUAAUCUUCUCAGAUGUCAAUAUGAAUCAGAUGCAACAUUUCCAUGUGGCAACACUUCCAAGCA